UUCAUAUCAUGGCGACGAGUCAGGUGCGCGCAGUGCUCUUUCGAAUUCUUUUCCUCGUGGUGGCGGUUUCAGAGACGCAGUCUGUGCCAGUUUACGGACGUUACGAGACUUGUGUUGCGUCGCAGCCUUCGGACUACCAAAAUCCCUUCAAUUACACCGAGGUUACUACGCAGGGAGUCUUUUCUGGUCCAGAUGGACACACCACAGUGGAUGGGUUCUACUAUCAAGCAUAUGAACGGUCAAAUGUCGGAGGAUCUGAAAAAUUGAUUCCAGAUGGUUCACCUCAGUGGUGUGUCCGCUACUCACCUCGCAGUCCUGGCUCCUUUGACGUGACCUUCAUCAUCACCAACUCCAGUGGAACAUUCACUAUGAAGACCGACUCGUUUGAAGCUUCAGAUGAGAAAUUAGCUGGGUUCAUAAAGCUUGGUAGCAAUCAGGUUCACUUUCAAUUCACAAACAAAAGCACAUAUUAUCCAGUUGGAGAGAAUGUCUGUUGGGUUGGAGAGAACCAAGGAACGUAUGGAUACGAUGACUACUUUGGGAAGCUUGCUGCUAAUGGUGGGAACUAUGCCAGGCUGUGGCUAACUGACAGUGCCUGGGAUGAUCUGGCUGUUGAAGUGAAAGUUGGAAACAUGAGUCUUGCCAAUACAUGGAGGUUAGAUUAUGUUGUAAAACUGGCUGAGAAACUCAACAUCCAUCUCCUGAUGUGCACAGAGAGCUUCAAUUACUUUUGUACUAGCUCCUCAGGUUCAAAAGUUGUCACUUGUCCCUCUCUAAUUAUAAUUAUUAUUCUGAUAUUCGUCUUUAAAGCUCCGUGUUACUGGGACCAGUCAUACUAUAAUGUUGCUAAUGGUGGAUUUCUUACAAAGCCUUCAAAUUUCUUUACUGAUGGGAGGGCAAAGGCUGACUACAAAAACAGGCUACGUUACUUAGUUGCUCGAUAUGGUUAUUCUACUUCUGUUUUUGCAUGGGAAUUUUUCAACGAGGUGGACAUAUGUGAUGAUUAUAACACCGCAGUUCAGGUUGAAUGGAAUGAAGAAAUGUCAUCUUACCUACGUUCUCUUGAUGUCUGCAAUCAUCUUAUUUCAACAAGCUUUUCAAAUUCAAAUGGAGAUCAAACUGUGCAAGGUUUAGCUGCACUGAACUUUACUAUGACACACAAUUAUGGGUCCAGUGACAUCGCUGCAGCGACUGCACAAUACGCGAGCAAGAAACAAAUGAUGUACAAGAAACCUUCCUAUGUUGCUGAAUUUGGAAUUGGAGAUGAGGACAAUGACAAGGCUGGGGUGUCACUGCACAAUGGACUGUGGGCUCCACUCUUUGCUCUGGGAGCUGGCACUUCCAUGAGCUGGUGGUGGGACAGCUGGGUGGAUCCUAAUAAUCUCUACCCAAUCUUCAAGCCAUUUUCAGUGUUUGUGUCUCGUCUCCCACUCGCUGACUACACCUGGAAUGUGAGUGAUCCAACAGUCAGCCCUGCUCCACCAUACAACAUUCGAGCCUGGGGCAUGGCAGGAGUGGGGCAGGGAGGACAGCAGCUGAUAGUGACCUGGGUACAAGAUGACUGUUUCACCUGGGCUAACCAACACUCUGGAGUGAAAUGUACAAGUCACUCCCGGCUGACAUUGACAACAAGCUGCAGUGGAACUUCAUCAGGUAACUACACUGGCCACUGGUUCAACACCCACACUGGAGAGGACAUUGGAAAUACAUCAGUAAUGUGUACAGGCCAUCUGCAAGACCAGAUACCUACCUUCUCUCAAGACAUUGCUGUCUACUACACCUCCUAAUGGGCUAUGACUCCAAUAAUAAUAUACAAAUUAUAGAUACAGCUACAAAAAGAUACAUUCUUAUUUUCCAACAUUGUCUUUGAAGAGGAGACAGAUUUGCAAUGCCAGCAAAACCAGCACUUAUGCCCUAGGUCUAACAUGAAAUCUAAGUAACAGUGUCUCAAGUAAAGUUCCGUUUCCGAUUUUCAGAUUUUGUUAAUGAAAUACUAAGCACUUCCAUGUCAUUUUCCAUUUGAUUUAGAGAAAAAAUUAACAUCACUUACUCAAAAUGUUUGAGCUGCUGGUGAUGACAAGUUUAUGGCAUUUUGAAUGGCAUUUUUAACUACAAUACUGACAUUAGCGUUCACCAUUUUGUCACCAUGAUUUUUCAGGGUUCACAAAUUUGUCAACCCUGUAGCUAGUGGUUAAUAGUCACAAAUUGUGAACCCCGACUUCCAAAGUUGACUACUAUAUAAAUUCUGCAUUUGCUGAAAUGUUAUUUCUCAGAUUCUUUUAUAGAGCUGAUUUUUUUGCGGGAAAAUAAGAGACAAAUUUUUCUUCAAACACUGCUUCUUUUUAUGUAAAUUUCUAUAUAUUUAUAGAAGUCUCAAAAUUGCUGGACAUUACUAUUAUAAUAGCUCAUCAGCUACAUAACAUCUUUCUUGGCAAUGAUGGUGAUGCUUAGUCAGCAAAGUAGAGUAUCCUUUUACUCUUUAUUUCUUGCCUGCAUACUUGUGACUACCACAUCUGUCAUUUUUCAUAAAAUAAAACGCAGAUUUGUUACAUGUUAUAAUG